AUGGCAGAAAAGUACAAAUCGUUCGCUCAACGCAACCCUGGCGAUGUUCUGAGUCAAUCGAACAUUGAAGUCAUGAUGGAGAUAUCCAAACAGCUUUUCAAAUGCGCAGAUGUGUCUGCAGAUGCGAAGCGAGUUGAACAGGUCAUGGAGAAGACCCGGCUGUCCGGAGAUGUGGAUUCCACAACCUACCGAGAUCUGGAAUCCAAGAACGAAUUUCUCCUUGAAUCCACUUCCAAAAUCCUCAUGGAUAUGGCAAACAUCAUGACUGGCUACGACUUCGAGAAUAUGACGCCAGAGUCAGUUUUAGCAGCCAUGAAGAGAGAAGGUCUGACAGGUUAUGAAAGAGACAUGUUCAAAUCCAUAGAAAAGAUUAGUCCGCUCUUUUCAGAGGCAUUCCAAGGCAUCGGUAAUAACGCUGAAUUAGCUGGAUAUUCAGCGAGUGCUUCAUUCGUCAAUCAGAUGGGGAGUUUGCUCGAAGAAGAUACUGAAAACUUAAGUAAACUAUGUCUGCAUACAAGGUUGGAACUGGACAUCGAGCAAGGGCCGAAAAAGAUUGGGCCUUCUACACCGUACGAGUACCAGAGGCUGGUCAAACGCAAUUCGAUCCGGCUGCUCAGCAUCGAUCAUGUGAAUGAAGGCAUUAUCCAAUGCAGUCUCUCAGAGGUAGAUUUGGAUUCACAAGAAACCACCUAUACGGCACUGUCAUAUGUCUGGGGUGAUUAUCGCGCUCCGGCCCUGGGCGAAUACAAUCCCGGCAGAGCAAAACAGGAAUUUGGUAUCAACUGCGAUGGCUUUGAAAUACUUGUCACGCUCAAUCUUUAUCAGUUUCUUGAGCAGCAGUCCCAACAUAUUGGCGUCGCCAAGAAAGAGUACUACUGGAUUGACCAGAUUUGUAUCAAUCAACGGGAUCUGAACGAAAAGGCAAGGCAAGUUUCUAUGAUGGACAAGAUUUAUAAGUCUGCCAGGCAAGUUAUAGCAUGGCUCGGACCAGAAGACCCAUUCACCAAAGAAGCUGUACGAACGAUCAAGUACCUUGCAUGCCUCAUUGCGGACUUGCAGGAUAAACAAGUUGAGAGAUUUUUGUCCAAGGUACAACAGGAAGGCCCAGUUGAUAUCAAGAUGUGGGACGCUCUUGGUGCCGUCAUAAACCGUGCCUACUUCAACCGAGCCUGGAUUCUACAGGAGAUGAUAUUGGCGCAGCGUCUUCGGUUCUAUUGUGGCUCAUAUGAGAUUUCUAGUGAGGAACUGGAGAAAUGCGCCAUAGCGAUUACCCAAUCCGAACCUCUAUGGAGAUAUUUGGACGCUCAUGGCAAGAGAUUUACAGCGUCAACACAAGAUGAUAUCUAUACUCAGUUCGGGCAUCAAAUCGCGAUGAUAUGCGAAAUAAGAAAGAAAUAUGUUUACGAGCCGGUUGAAGAUCUUUUCUUCCUUGGGCGUUGCUUUGAUGCAACCAACGCUCAUGAUCACGGAUACGCAUUGUUGGGCCUGAUCAAAGAACGUCUACAUCAGAAUAGAUGUGAUCCUGACUUUGGACUGCCAGAGCCCAACUAUGGCAAAUUGGUCAAGAACACCUAUCUCGAAUUCAGCAAAACCUUCCUUGAGGCAACUGGAGACCUUCGUUUGCUCUCUCAGAUCGAGGACUCCAGUUGUCGAUCGAUGAAGUCACUUCCGUCUUGGAUCCCAGAUCUGACCGUACGCUUAUGGCCUCAACCAUUGACGUCAGCGUCAAAUCCAAGUGGAACUUGGUGUGCUUCACAAAACCUACCGUUCGAAGGCGUUUCAGUCAGAGACUGCAUUCUAACCGUACGGGCGGCUUGCAUCGAUAUUGUCAAGGGAGCUGCAGUACCGUUUGGAAAUAGCAGAGCAUGGAGGGAUAUCUUUUGGCUUCUGGAUGGCCUUCGUGAUACCAGCUGCAGCAACAAAUAUCUUGAUCAGGCCCUCGUUAGAACACUGGUUACUGACUUACAUCCAGCUAACGAGUCAAGCAACGAGCACCUAGCUCUUGGCAAAGAUUUCAAGUACUGGUUAAUCGACGAACUGGCUCGGCUUGGUGGAGAUACUGGAUACGCUGGCAUUGAUUAUGACAAAACAGAGUUCCUUCGCGACCGCCUGACGCAAUUAAAGUCGAAAGCAGCAAAUGUUCUCGACGACGUUCGCAACAACAAAGCAGCAGCAAUACGAGCGAUGGUCCAAGACUUACCUUCGUCGAUGUCAUGGUUGAAAGAAUCAUCCGCUCUUAGCAAACGAUCUGACGCAGUUGGAAUUGAAGCCGAGAGAGUGUAUGCUGAAUUAAAAACGAUCUUGAGCCAAAUGAAGGCACGGUCUACUGUAUUGCCCACUGUAAGGGAACUUGGUAAAGGGCUAGACGUUCUAAAAGGCCCAGACAGCGCUACAAAGGCAACCAUGACCGAAGCCGCGGGUCGUUUUAGGAGUAGGAUAGGUCUCAAAACUAAGCAUAGGCGCAUGAUGCGAACCGCAAAGGGCUGGCUUGGGAUGGGCCCAUCGUCUUUACGAGUAGGGGAUAGAGUCUUUGUCGUCCCGGGCGCGAACAUACCCUUCAUCAUGCGCCGACUCGACCCAGGGCAUUAUGAGGUUAUUGGGGAAGCAUAUAUCCAUGGCAUUAUGCAUGGAGAAGCCAACAGAUUUGGCGCAAGUCCUUUCUACGUCGGCGCAGAAUACAGCACUGAUAGAGUUCUUGACAAGUUAACCCAACUCGGCGUCGUACUCAACGCGACAGACGGCCAUCUCGGAAUGUCUAUGCAGGCCGCAACUUACGGAGGUCAUGAUGUCGCCGUCGAAAAACUCAUAGUUAACGACGCUAUUUAG